AGGCCUCCCACCGCGCCUGCGCUGAGGAUGGACACCAGCUCGCCUUUCCCCGACGCCCAGCCGUCCGGGCCGGGGUGAAAAACUGCGUGACACGCAGUGAGCGUGGCGGCCAUUUUCGUCUUCUGGGCACGUCAGCUGAGCCGGUUAGGGCUGAAGAGGAGCGUUGCGCAAGCGCACCCAAGACAGUCACAGGUAACUCCCAUCUGACGAGCGAGGCGUCGCCGUCGUCGCCGGAAGUUUGGUGUUUGCGCCGCAGGGGAGGCGGCGGCCGCAGCAGUAGCAGCUGAGUGUCUUCUGAUACCCGGAUGUGAGGCGAUCCGCUGGCUCUAGUCUGACCCUCCGCCAGGCGAAAGGAAGAUUGUCUUUGGCUAUAGAGUUUUUUUUUUUUAAGAUUAAACAUACAGGAAGUGAUAAGAAGUAUCAUUCAUUAGAAGCAUCAUCCAUCAAUCAACUUGAAGGAAAAGGUGAUAUACUAUUUCUUUAAGGUGCUGUGUGAUGUGUUAAGAGCAUAUUAUAAGGAAUGGUUUUGUCUAAUUUUCAUGAGUUAUGGUGGCUGAGACAUCGAGUCUAUGUUGUGGGGCAAAAACUAAAUGGCAGCACAAAAGGAAAUCUAUGUUAAUAGAAUAUUUUAUUGAACAAAGGAGGUUAGGUAAGAACUGCAAACCAACAGACUCAGCAAACAAGGAAAGAAACGUGUUAGCCAUAAGACAUGUUUCAAGUGAAUCGAAGUCCAGUAACUGUAGACUUCAGAAGAAAAAAGUUUUCAAAAAUUUUAUCAAAACAGGUCACUGAUAAAUAACUCCUCCAGUAAUAGGGCUAGGCCUGAAACCAAAAUUAAUUUAAAAAUUAACAAGACAGAUCGAACCUGAAUUAAUUUUCUUUUCAUAAAAAAACUUGUUAAAAAUAAUCAAAUUAAAUUUUCCUCAAAUUUUUAUUACCUUGUCCAAAGUAAAGCAAGUAUCUUUUAGCAUUCAUGCCAGCUUUUCUCAUGUUCUAGGAAUGACAGAAACCUUACUUGAAGCAAACUAGUAUUUUUGUUGAAAAUGUGUAUCAGCAUCAGUUAAAGUUGAUUUUUCAGACCUGCUCCUCAGUAAUAAUACUAGCGUGAAUCAGCAUUCACGCCUACCAGGACACAAAAAUCCUCUUCAAAAUUACUCAGAAAAGAAAGUCAUUGCUCAGGAAUGAUGUCCAUUCAGGAGAAAUCAAAAGAGAAUUCCUCCAAAGUUACUAAAAAAAGUGAAGAUAAGAAUUCAGAAACAGAAAUUCAGGAUUCUCAAAAGAAUCUAGCAAAAAAAUCAGGUCCAAAGGAGACUACAAAAUCACAGGCUAAAUCUUCCAGUGAAAGUAAAAUAAAUCAGCCAGAGUUGGAAACACGCAUGAGUACAAGGUCAUCAAAGGCAGCGUUUAGUGAUAAAGCUACCAAAUCCGUUAAUAAAAAUACAGUGACUGUGAGGGGACAUUCACAAGAAUCUACGAAAAAGAAAUUAUCUCAGAAAAAAUUCGUACAUGAAAACCCUAAAGCAAACGAACAACCUAACCGGAGAUCACAAAGGCUACAACAAUUAACAGAGGUUUCAAGAAGGUCUUUACGCAGUAGAGAAAUUCAGGGUCAAGUUCAAGCAGUUAAACAGAGUUUGCCACCAACUAAAAAAGAGCAGUGUAGCAGUACUCAGAGUAAAUCUAGUAAAACAAGUCAGAAACAUGUAAAGAGAAAAGUACUGGAAGUAAAAUCUGACUCUAAAGAAGAUGAAAAUCUAGUAAGUAAUGAAGUAAUAGAUUCCCCCAAAGGGAAAAAACGCAAGGUAGAACAUCUGACAGCUUGUGCUUGUAGUUCUCAGUGUGUACAAGGAUCUGAAAAGUGUCCUCAGAAGAAUCCUAGAAAAGCGGAAGCGAAACCUGUGCCUGUAACUUCUGAGGUGAAAAGAUCAAAAAUGGCUGCUUCAGUGGUCUCGAAAAAGAAUGAGAUAAAGAAGUCGGUUCAUACACAAGUGAAUACUAACACAACACUCCCAAAAAGUCCACAGCCAUCAGUGCCUCAACAAAGUGAUAAUGACCUGGAGCAAGCAGGAAAGAGCAAACGAGGUAGUAUUCUCCAGCUCUGUGAAGAAAUUGCUGGUGAAAUUGAGUCAGAUAAUGUAGAGGUGAAAAAGGAAUCUUCACAAAUGGAAAGUGUAAAGGAAGAAAAGCCCACAGAAAUAAAAUUGGAAGAGACCAAUGUUGAAAGACAAAUACUUCAUCAGAAGGAAACAAAUCAGGAUGUGCAAUGUAAUCGUUUUUUCCCAAGUAGAAAAACAAAGCCUGUGAAAUGUAUACUAAAUGGAAUAAGUAGUUCAGCCAAGAAGAACUCCAACUGGACUAAAAUUAAACUCUCAAAAUUUAACUCUGUGCAGCACAAUAAGUUGGACUCUCAAGUUUCCCCUAAAUUAGGCUUAUUACGAACCAGUUUUUCACCACCAGCUUUAGAAAUGCAUCAUCAAGUGACUCAAAGUACAUUUUUAGGGACAAAGCCACAUGAUGGAAAUAUAACUUGCCAGCAGGAAGAAAUGAAAGAAACCAAUUCUCAAGAAGUGAAAAUUAAUGAUAUUACAGUAGAAAUUAAUAAAACCACAGAAAGGGCUCCUGAAAAUUGUCAUUUGGCUAAUGAGAUAAAACCUUCUGACCCAUCAUUGGAUAAUCAGAUGAAACAUUCUUUUGAUUCAGCAUCAAAUAAGUUGAAAUUUAUCAGUUUUGUGGAGACUCCACGAAAUCAUUCUUUGCCUAAGUGUAAUUCCCAUUUGGAGAUAACAAUUCCAAAGGACUUGAAACUAAAAGAAGCAGGGAAAACUGAUGAAAAACAGUUGAUUAUAGAUGCAGGACAAAAAAGAUUUGGAGCAGUUUCUUGUAAUGUUUGUGGAAUGCUGUAUACAGCUUCAAAUCCAGAAGAUGAAACACAGCAUCUGCUUUUCCACAAUCAGUUUAUAAGUGCUGUAAAAUAUGUGGGCUGGAAGAAAGAAAGAAUUCUGGCUGAAUACCCUGAUGGCAGGAUAAUAAUGGUUCUUCCUGAAGACCCAAAGUAUGCCCUGAAAAAGGUUGACGAGAUUAGAGAGAUGGUUGACAAUGAUUUAGGUUUUCAACAGGCUCCACUAAUGUGCUAUUCCAGAACUAAAACACUUCUCUUCAUUUCCAAUGACAAAAAAGUAGUUGGGUGCCUAAUUGCGGAACAUAUCCAAUGGGGCUACAGAGUUAUAGAAGACAAACUUCCAGUUAUCAGGUCAGAAGAAGAAAAAGUCAGAUUUGAAAGGCAGAAAGCCUGGUGCUGCUCAACAUUACCAGAGCCUGCAAUCUGUGGGAUCAGUCGAAUAUGGGUAUUCAGCAUGAUGCGUCGGAAGAAAAUUGCUUCUCGCAUGAUUGAAUGCCUAAGGAGUAACUUUAUAUAUGGCUCAUACUUGAGCAAAGAAGAAAUUGCUUUCUCAGAUCCCACUCCUGAUGGAAAGCUGUUUGCAACACAGUACUGUGGCACUGGUCAGUUUCUGGUAUAUAAUUUUAUUAAUGGACAGAAUAGCACGUAAAACAAAUUCUUGCCUACACCACUAGAAGACAUCUGUUGAAGAGAAUGGAUUGGUUGCUGACUUUAACCAGGAACUAGGGCCAUUUUUAUUACGAUGAACUCAGGACUGGCAACAACCAUAUGGUUGUUCCAUUUUCAUAAAAUUGGAAACAAUGCAGUAAUAGCUUAUUGUUUUGUUUUUUAAAAAAGAUAUUUUAUUAUCUUUUACAGAAAUUUAUGAUUGAUGUAUUUUAUCUAUAGUUAUUUAGACAUGUUUACAUGCAGCAGAUAAUUGUUCAUAGUGGACUGAAAACUAAUGCAAGGACUAUGGUCUCAGUGAUAAGUAUAUUUUGAAGUUCUUAAUAUGGAAAUAUACCAGUGUAGCUUGGUACUGUAUUUUUUUGUAUUGAUCUGCUGAUACCAGUGAUAGGUUUAAGGAUUGUAUUUUUACAGAGUGGAAACUCAUUUUUUUUACUUAUUGUUCAAGGAGGGUGCAAUAUUAAGUGUUUUGGAAUUUGAAGCUAAUUUUUAAAAGGCCUGAACUGUACUUUGAAGAAACCCCGAUAGAAAAGGAAAGCUCCAGCUAAACAGGAAGAAUCAGAAUAUUGAGCUUUUUUUCCUGAUUUUUCUUUUUCCUAUCUUUGAUGGAAGGAGGAAGUAGAAAGUGGUAAAGAAUUGAGGCUUUCCUUCUUGGAGAGGUGUAAAUGACCAGCAUUAGGAAAGGUACCCUCCUAGAUUCAUAUUCUUUCAUUCUGGUUUCACUUUUAAAAAUGAAUGGCAACUUGGCACACCUAGGCUGUUAACAAAUCUCAAAGAGGUUUAUAAAAACCUAUAGAAUACUUGGAAGCAAAGUAUGGAUGACUCGGUAUCUGCUUUGUUAUUCCUCAGAAAUACUGCACUGAGUAUAUGCCCUCAUUACUGGACUUCAUUUUGAUACUUGUCUAUCCUUCAUAGUGCCCUCUACUUUUAAAGGGUUUAUAUGUUGAAAAACUGCUGUGGCCUUUUAUGACCUGUAUAUAAUGUAGAAUAAAAAUAAUAAAAUACUUGAUAGCUUUUUCUAAGUGACCAGUGUACUAACUGAGA